AUGUUUCGAAAUUUUUCAAAGUCAGAUUUGGUUAUUGUAGCAAUUUUAUUAGAUGAAGAAGAAGUAAGCUGUACGAAGAAUGUUCAACAAAAGUCUGAACGAAAAAGAAAAAUUUGGGUCUAUGAUAUAUUGAAAAAAAGAAAAACUGAAGGCGAAUUUGCAACCCUAUGUCACCAACUUGAGGAUCACGAAGAUAAGUUUUUUAAGUACUUCCGAAUGUCCAGAUUUCAGUUUAAUACUCUAUACCUAAAAAUAAAAAAUAAAAUUUCUAAACAAAAUACACAGUUUAGAGAGUCAAUACCGGCUAAAGAAAAAAUUGGUGUAUGUUUGAGGUUCUUGUCAACUGGAGAUUCGUACCAGACGAUAGCCUUUAGUUUUCGAUUAGGUCAUUCGACUGUGCAAGGAAUCGUCAUCGAAGUAUGCGAUGCAAUUAUUUUAAAACUAAAAGAAGAAUGCAUCAAAACUCCUCAAAAAGAAGAUUGGGAGCGAAUAGCAAAUAAGUUCUGGGAAUUUUGGAAUUUUCCCAAUUGCAUUGGUGCUUUGGACGGAAAGCACGUUAUGAUUGAAGCCCCUCCAAACACUGGCUCGUUAUAUUUUAAUUAUAAAAAAAACUUUUCAAUUGUUCUUCUAGCAUUAGUUGACGCCCAGUAUAAAUUUACUGUUGUCGAUGUUGGUGCGUUUGGGAAGAAUAGUGAUGGAGGUAUUUUAUCACAUUCAAAUUUUGGAAAAAAUAAACUUAAUAUUCCAAAUAAUCGAGCAUUACCGGGUACAAAUGAAAAAUUACCAUACGUUAUUAUAGGUGACGAAGCUUUUCCAUUAAAGAACUAUUUACUAAGACCAUAUUCAGGACCUCAAAUGUACAACGAUGUAAAAAAAAAAAAAAUAUUUAAUGAACGGCUAUCAAGAGCUAGAAAAGUAGUUGAAGACGCCUUUGGUCAAUUGACAGCUAAAUUUCGUAUAUAUUGUAGACGACUAAAAUCGUUACCAGAAAAUGCGGAUAAAAUAGUAAUGACCACGUGCAUUUUACAUAAUUAUAUUAAAGAAGACAGCAGUGGAAUUCAUACCAGCGAAGUAGCCGAUACAACAUCUUUGGGUAAUUUAUCGUUAUUUUCAAAACAAGGAGGUAGUGCACAAAGUCAAGCGUUUGAAUAUCGUGAUCAGUUUAAGGACUUUUUUAACUCUCCAACUUUAAUCCAAAUUAAACCUCCAAAAUUACCGUGGGAGUAG